AUGUUUCAAUUCUGGCUUUUUGGAGUGAUCAUUUUAACGGCUGCUAUAAGCCUCAAUGUUGUUACUGGAGAUAAUGAGUGUGAUAGAAAAUGUCGUGCCCUAGGACCAAUUACUACAAUCAAACAGGUGCCUCACAGUUCAUCAGACAAAUUUUGUACAUGUACUCCUGACGUUAACGCUGCACUUGGAGUCUGUGGUUUGCAUGAAACUUGGUCGAAUGUUGAGAAAAAGUGUAUUCCUUAUGAUGAUAUUGCUAAAGGCUGUAAAGCUAAUUGCCCAAAAGAUUGUGAAACUUUAAUUGGUCAUGAAGAUUGUUCAAAAUACUGUCAUUGUAAUGACGGAAGUUCAACAGUUGAAGAAUGCCCAAGUGGUUUUCAUUUUAGUAAAACAAAGAUGAUUUGUGUACCUCCAAAAGAAGCUGGAUGUGUUACAACUGGUACAAUAGGAUCAAAAUCGAGUUCUUAUUCAAUAAGACGUUCUGAUUCAUCUUCAAUGACUGAGUGUAUAGGAACAUGUCCGUUAAUGAACUCUAGAACAGAGACAGUUCAUUUACCUCAUACAAAUUGUCAGAAAUUUUGUAAAUGCAAUUGGGGAACACCUGUAGUUAUGGACUGUCCGGACAAUUUACACUUUAAUCCUACAUUACAAGUUUGUGAUUGGCCUUUUCAAGCAAAAUCAAUUAUUUCAACGGCUGCAGUAAAUUCCAUUGUCAUUGAAAGCUCAAGUUGUAUUGGAAAAUGUGUUCCUCCAUCACCAAGUAUCCAAUAUCUACCUCAUCAGCAAUGUGACAAAUAUUGUGUAUGUGUUUCUGGUCAACCUGAAGUAUUUAACUGUCACUUCAAUAAGCAUUGGUCGCGAGAAUAUGAAAUUUGUACUCAUCCAACUGAAGCAAAGUGUCAAACUUCGAGUAAUACAACAGCUUCAUCAAAUGCUCUUGAUCAGGGUUGUAAAACAAAAUGUCCACAAAAUGAGUCAGCUUUUUUAGCUCAUAAUGAUUGUGAAAAAUAUUGCUUGUGUAGUAAUAAUUCAGUUACUGUUUUUACUUGUCCAAACGGUCACUUUAGUGUAAAAAGCAACAGUUGUGUUUCUGUAGCAGAUGCUGGUUGUAUUACAAUUGAUAUCAGACCAGAUACAACAAGAGUGACAAGAAAGUCAAAUACUACUUCAAUAAUGACUGAUAAUGAAUGUGUUGGAUCAUGUCCAGAAUUAGAAGAUCCAUCUCACACUGUUUAUCUAGCUCAUCAUUGUAAUCAAGUUAAUUCUACUACUACUAUCAUUAUUCCACCAUCUGAUAAAGCUCUUAAGAAAGGUUGUCAAACUCAAUGUCCAAGAUAUAAUGCUUUGGUUCCACACAAAGACCGUCAUAAAUUUUGUCUUUGUAGAAAUGGAAAAAUAGUUAUUUUAAAAUGCCCAAGACCUUACUAUUUUAGUACUGAUCAUGCUAGAUGCAUUUGUACAGAAAAGUCGCAACGUACUAAUCUUACAAGACUUUUUUAUCCUGGUAAAACUACUAGAAUGUUUUCAUCAACUUCACUUUUACUAUCAACUGAACCCGUUCCAUCAUCAACUGAACCAUCUCCACCAAUAACAACUGGAAUAAUAGAGGAAUUCAAUAACUGUGUAGAGCCAUGUCCAGAUAUUAAUUCGGAUUAUUAUGACCAUUUUUAUAACAUAUCACAUAAAGAUUGUAAUAAGUAUUGCGAAUGCCUUCAAGGAAAUAUAACAAGAGUCAUAAGCUGCUCGGCUGAUCAUAAUUUUGAUAGGUUUUUCCGAAUAUGUGAUUUAAAAAAAUAUGCUGAAUGUUAUGGUAAUGAUAUCUUUAUUCCGUCAAAUUCACUUUCAUCACCACUUACAUCAUCUCUACCAAUAACAACUGGAAUAAUAGAGGAAUUUAAUAACUGUGUAGAGCCUUGUCCAGAUAUUAAUUCGAAUUAUUAUGAACAAUAUUAUAAUAUAUCACAUAGAGAUUGCAAUAAGUAUUGCGAAUGUUUUAAGGGCAACGUGACAAAAGUCAUGGUUUGCUCCAUUGACUAUAAUUUUGAUAGAUUUUUACGCAAAUGUGAUUUUUUAGUAUUCGUUGAAUGCGAUGAUGAUGUCUCUUUACUUCUAACAUCAACUGAACCAGUUUCAUCAUCAACUGAACCAUCUCCACCAAUAACAACUGGAAUAAUAGAGGAAUUCAAUAACUGUGUAGAGCCUUGUCCAGAUAUUAAUUCGGAUUAUUAUGACCACUUCUAUAACAUAUCACAUAAAGAUUGCAAUAAGUAUUGCGAAUGCCUCCAAGGAAAUAUUACUAAAGUCAUUGAAUGUUCGGCUGAUUACAAUUUUGAUAGGUUUUUCCGAAUAUGUGAUUUAAAAAAAUAUGCUGAAUGUUAUGGUAAUGAUUUCUUUAUUCCGUCAAAUUCACUUUCAUCACCACUUAAACUAUCGCCACUUAUAACAACUGGAAUAAAAGAAGAAUUUAAUAACUGUGUAGAGCCUUGUCCAGAUAUUGAUUCGGAUUAUUAUGACCAUUUCUAUAACAUAUCACAUAGAGAUUGUAAUAAGUAUUGCGAAUGCUUUCAAGGGAAUAUAAUAAGAGUCAUGAGUUGCUCGGCUGAUUAUAAUUUUGAUAGGUUUUUCCGAAUAUGUGAUUUGGAAUAUUUUGCUGAAUGUUAUGGUAGUGAUCAGUUCACUUUCUUUUCUACGUUAUUAUCUACUUCAUCCACAGAACUACCUCUCUUCAAUCAGCCAACAAACGAUGUAAAUAACUGUAUUGGAAAUUGUACACAGAUUUCAUCCAAAAAUUAUGAUACCGCGGUGAACUUACCACACGAAAAUUGUAAUAAAUAUUGCGAAUGUUAUCGAGGCGAAAUUAACGUGAAAGAAUGUCCACUUACUUAUCAAUUCGAUUGGUUCCGGCGCGAGUGUUUAACAUCAUCAAAUGCUUCUUGUUUAAAUCAUACGUUGUUUGUGGCUAAUCCAUCAUUAUUAUCUAAUUCUUCAUCUGAAACUCCAUUCAUUACUGCCUCACCAGAUUUUGAUAAUGAUGAUAAUUGUGUUGAAACUUGUCCAGGUAUUAAUUCUGUAAAUUAUGAUGAGUAUGUAAAAAUACCACACAAAAAUUGUAAAAAGUAUUGUGAAUGUCAUAGAGGAAUACUUACAGUAAUAGAUUGUCCACUUGAUUCUUAUUAUGAUUGUUAUUUUCAGACGUGUGAUGUGUAUAAAUACGCUACAUGUUACAACCAAUAUACCAUUUCUGCAGGACCAAUAACAUCUGAUCCAUCAGCUGCAUCACCUGAAAUUAUAGAAAACUGUAUUGGCAAGUGCUCAGGAGUUAGCAAGAUGAAUUAUGCAAUAUUUCUGAAGCAUAAACAGUGUCAAAAGUUUUGUGAAUGUUUCAAUGGACGUCUUACAGUUAAGUCAUGUCCAGUUCAUUCAUACUUUAAUUCAAAUCUAGGUCUAUGUGACCAGGCAAAAUAUGUAGAAUGUCCAGAUACCAAUAAAACUUCUAUAUUGUCUCCAAUAUCUUUAUCUAACACUAGUGAUUGCAUUGGGGUCUGUGUAUCAGACGAUGUAUAUUUAUUACCACAUAAACAUCGUGCAAAUUACUGUGAAUGUGAUCUUGGUUUUCUCAGCGUCAAGUCUUGUCCAUCAGGUACAUACUUCAAUGAUUAUACAAAGAGAUGUGAAGAUACGGAGUUUGAUGAUUCUACUAAAAUUUCUAAACCUUCAAUAACAAUAUUAUCAGAGUAUGUUGAAGGCUGUGCUGAAGAGUGUCCACCUUUCGUUGAUGAUAAUCAUGUGGAUUUCGUACCACAUAAACAAUGUGAAAAGAAUUACUAG